UUUAUGUGACCUAUAGCUCAACAAAUCUAACCUAAAGCCAAACAAAAUAGUGUAGAACAUUUUUUUGUACAAGUUUUUAUAUAUUUUUUUGUACCUGUAUUAAUUUAAUGGGUGAACAAUGGAAUUACAAUUACCCUCCACCAACUGUGUACCCAAAUGGUGCUGCACCAAUGCAAAAUUUUGGGCAACAAUAUCAGGUAGCUCCACCAAAUUAUCCUCCACCUCCUUAUACCACCUUCGACCAACAACAGCAGCAACAACAACAACAAUACCAGGUUCCACCUCCUGAUUACUAUCAGACAAAUCAGGCCUAUUACAUGUCUUACUCUGGAAAUAAUGUUCAACCAGGUACAUCAUACAACUAUUAUAAGUCAUCUUCUGAAAGUUUUGACUUUAAAAAGGAGUUGGAAUCUUAUAAAAUCAGUAAAAGCAAAUAUGAGAAGAGAAGGUAUGAUACUGAUAAUGUGUCAGUUAGGAAAACUAGGUCCAGAAGUAGGGAGAGGGAUAGAUAUUCAUCUAGACAUAGGUCCAGAUCAAGGUCUCCAAAAUACAGGAGAUAUGAAUCAUCAAGUAAAGAUAGCAAAUCUAGAGAUAAUAAAUACAAGAAUGAUAGAAAGUAUAUACAUCAUUCAAGCUCAUCGAGUAACUAUAAAUCGAGUAGCAGGGAUAACCACAGGAAUGACAAAAGUUUUAAAUCAAGUGAUUCAGUGAAUAUGAGCGAACGCGCUCAGAUUUUAUCCAAAUGGAAAAAGAACUACUGUGAGACGAAAGAGCAAGUAUCAAAGAAGAUUGAAGAGUUGUACACUAACAAUCAGGAUGAAUUGAUUGAGAAAGAAAAAGUUAAAUGGACUCGAACGACGCCUGCCGAUUUAUACUAUGUACGCGAUGAGAAAAAUCCGAAGGUGCUCAAUGCCACUCAUAGACUUAUAGCUUUAUGUGAUUAUUUUGAAAGUAACUUAGUUAAACGCGCUAAGAAAAUUAAUGAAGUUAAACCCGUGUAUGUUCCACCUCCUAGGAAGAACAGAGCAAGGCUUUGCAAACACAAAAGUGAACAGUGUAGCAGUUCAGGUUCAUCAUCUGAAGAGGAGCUCACUGAUGAAGAGGAUUGCACUAUGGAGGAAUUGACAAGGAAACAGCAGCAUCCUGACCGUUUGCAUCCAGAAAUGUGGUACAAUGAUCCGGGCGAAAUGAACGAUGGGCCGCUCUGCAGAUGUUCCAACAAGUCUAGGAAGUCGGGUAUAAGACACGGGAUUUACCCAGGCGAACGCUUCCUGCAAUCUUGCAGCAACCUCUCUAACAACGCCAACAAAUUAUACCAUUAUCGUAUUACUAUUUCACCACCUACCAACUUUUUGAUCAAAAUACCGACGAUUAUCCAGCACGAUGAGCACGAAUUCAUAUUCGAAGGAUUCUCGAUGUUCUCACAUUCACCUCUUGUCAAACUGCCAAUAUGUAAAGUGAUCAGGUUCAAUAUAGAGUAUACAAUUUUGUAUAUCGAGGAGAAAGUCCCUGAUAACUUCACCAUUAGGGAAUUAGAUUUGUUUCAUGAUUAUUUGUUCCAUGAGAUCUUGGAGCUUGUUGAUUUGGAUUUUAAAGCCGCAGGAGAUAGCAGCGGAUGUUCGCAGUUCCAUUUCAUGCCUAGAUUUGUACGAGAUCUUUCCGACAAUGGAAAAGAGAUUUUGUCCAUGAAGGAGGUUUUGCAAUAUUUGAUAGACAGUUCGGUGCCGUUAAUACACGAGAGUAAUCUGAAAACCAUGGUCGGAAUGAGCCAGUCCGAUUGGCAAGCGUACGCUGAUGAAAUUAAAGGAAUGGUCGUUACUUAUCCGGGGAAAAAACCGUGCUCGGUGCGCGUAGAUCAGCUGGACAGAAACAUCGAUUUGCAAGUCGAAGGCAACUACAAGUUUCCCGAGAUUGUCCACUUUGGGAUUAGGCCACCUCAAUUGAGUUACGCAGGAAACCCAGAUUAUCAAAAGGCUUGGAGAGAUUAUGUUAAAUUCCGGCAUUUGCUAGCUAAUAUGUCCAAACCAACUUACGAAGACAAGCGGAAAUUGGAAUCCAAAGAAAACAAAUUGCAAGAAAUGCGAACUCAAAGUAAAAUGAAACGAGAUGUUACUGUGGCGGUCUCCGCUGAAGGAUUCCACAGAACCGGUAUCAUGUGCGAUGUCAUCCAGCACGCAAUGUUGAUACCUGUGUUAGUUUGUCAUCUGCGAUUCCACAAUUCGUUAAAUGUUUUAGAGGAGAGUAUCAACUACAAGUUUGAAAACAGAGCCCUUCUUCAACUGGCUUUAACCCAUCCCUCGUAUAGAGAGAACUUCGGAACUAAUCCGGAUCACGCUAGGAACAGCUUAACUAAUUGUGGAAUUCGUCAACCCGAGUACGGGGAUCGCCGAAUACAUUAUAUGAAUACAAGGAAGAGAGGUAUCAAUACUUUGAUCAAUAUCAUGUCGCGUUUUGGUAAGCAGCACGAGACCGAAUCCAAUAUCACGCACAACGAGAGGCUGGAGUUUCUCGGUGAUGCGGUGGUGGAGUUUUUGUCUUCCAUACAUUUGUUUUACACUUUCCCCGAUUUGGAGGAAGGAGGAUUGGCCACUUAUCGAGCUGCGAUCGUACAGAAUCAGCAUCUUGCAGUUUUAGCCAGGACAUUAAGCUUGGAUCAGUACAUGCUUUACGCGCAUGGAUCAGACCUUUGCCACGACCUGGAACUUAGACAUGCCAUGGCCAAUUGCUUUGAGGCUUUAAUGGGAGCCCUAUUCUUGGAUGGCGGCAUAAAGAUUGUAGAUCGAGUGUUCUCCGAAACAUUGUUCAAAGAGUUGCCGGAUUUAUUAAACGUUUGGGUGAAUUACCCGCCGCAUCCGCUGCAACAGCAAGAGCCACUUGGAGAUCGCGAAUGGAUCCCAAAGUUUAAGCUUCUCCAACGUUUGACUGAAUUCGAGGAUAGCAUUGGAGUAAACUUUAAGCAUAUACGUUUACUGGCCAGGGCUUUCACCGAUAGAAGCGUGGGCUAUACAAAUUUAACACUUGGUUCCAAUCAACGUUUGGAAUUUCUGGGUGAUACAGUUCUGCAAUUGAUCGCAUCCGAAUAUUUAUACAAGUUCUUCCCGGAGCAUCACGAAGGUCAUUUAUCUUUAUUGAGAAGCUCUUUGGUGAACAAUCGAACGCAAGCCGUGGUUUGCGAUGAUUUGGGCAUGUCCAAUUACGCUGUAUACAAUAAUCCGAAGGCGGAUCUGAAGACUAAGGAUCGGGCCGAUUUACUGGAAGCGUUCAUCGGAGCAUUAUACGUGGAUCAGGGUUUGCAACAUUGCGAAGUGUUCUGCCAUGUGACUCUUUUCCCGAGACUACAAGAUUUCAUUAUGAAUCAAGAUUGGAAUGACCCGAAGUCCAAGUUACAGCAGUGUUGUUUGACGUUAAGGACCAUGGAUGGAGGAGAGCCUGAUAUUCCUGUUUACAAAGUCAUUGAAUGCAAAGGUCCUACUAAUACAAGGGUUUACACGGUGGCCGUUUACUUUAGAGGACGGCGAUUGUCGAGCGCUAUGGGACACAGCAUUCAACAGGCUGAGAUGAACGCUGCAAAGAAAGCAUUAGAGAUCUCUCAUGAUCUCUUCCCCCAACUUGACCAUCAGAAGCGCGUUAUAGCUAAGAGCAUGAAAAAGCAGGCCUCUCCGAGUAAGAAGAAACGGUCGAGCCGUUCGAGAUCUAACAGCUCCAGUAGGUCAAUUCCGAAGUCGCCUACGAGCUAUUCAAGGAACAGAUUCAGAAGCAAUUCGCCUCCCGUCAAGAGGAGCAAUUAAGAAUAUUUAAACAAGUGUACUCGUCAUCACAAUAUUAACUAUUAAUAUUACUUAUUAUAUAAUUUAAGAUCAACCUAAAACUGAACGACAGUAAAAUUGAUUUUACAGGCAAUAUGCCUCAAUUGAAUUUCGUGACUAUACUGUAAUCGAUUCAACUAGCAACAAUGAAUAUGAUGAAACAUAUUCUCGUGUCUUUUUUAUGUGAUAGUUAUGCAUAUAAUAAUAAUAAUCGCACGUGAAACGUCGAAAUAGUCAAAAUCGUAAUUUAAAUAGAUUUAUUAAUUUACUUUAUCCACAAUUGAUCAACCUAAUAUUCGACCAACUUUAAUGCUGCUAGUAAUUUAAGAAUAAUAGUCAAGAUUUUAACUAUGUGAUAAUUAUAUGCAUUCUAAACGGUUACUAAAACGUAAGUUUAUAUUAUGUAGUUUUUUUGUAGGUAAUAUUUUGUAUGAGUUUAUAUUUAUAUAUUUGAAGCAAUCAACUGAACCGUUCGAUCUGAGAAUGUCAAAUUUGUCAAGUACAAUACAUUAAGAAAAACUUGCAGUGUAAAUGAAAACUUUGUUGCGACAUGACACAAUAAAUUAAAAGGUUCGUAAAGCAAGCUUUAAAAAGAAAAUAUAACAAUGAUAAAAUCUUAGCAAUUACUUUUAUGCUAUAGUUUAUAAGGUCAUUCUAUACCCGCAAUAUACAAACAAGAGUCUUGAAACUUAUUUUAAGAUUAAAUUUCAAGCAAUUAACGUCAUACCUCUAAAGAGGUAAUACAACAAUAUACAAGUAUGUUGCCAUUUAAUAGCUUUAAGAUAUUUGACUCAUUUCGUAAAUGGUUUAUGUGAUAACGCAACUUUUGGAAGAUGUAAAUUCCAAUGAAUUUAAUGUUGUGAUAGAUAGGUCACAAUAGUUUGAAAAUUUACAUAUUUAAAAUAAUCAUAUAUUUAUGAUUGUUGCACGAGAUCAUAAAACAGAACUGUUUCUCGUUAUACAAACUCGAACUUAUUUUAGAAUACAACGUUAAAUUCAGAACGUGUAGAUUAACGUGCCUGAAAAUUACAUCAGAAUUUAAAUAAAAAAAUGUGUACACAUUUUAACGAUAUAGUACAAGACAGUAAUAAUAUGGAAUUUAUAAUAACAAUAUGAAAGAAAAUGAUAUCAAUCAAAUAUAUAUUAAAAUAGUGGACAUCUGUUUGUUAUCUUAGUUGAUUUACAAGUACUUGUCACAAAUAAAAAGAAAGAUAUAAACAAUAGCUUUUAAGUUUUUUGAAACGUAUUAUAAAACUAAAGUCUGACAAAUCAAGUCGUGUAAUAUUAGUAUGUUAAUGAAAAAAAUCUGGUCUUUGUAUUUAAAUGUGAUACUUACAGCUUACACUUGUUUCAUAAAUAUUUCAGAUAAGGUAGUUUGUAAUAUUGUUCUUUGAAUCAUAUACAACAUGAAUUGUGUAAUAAAUGGCCAAAUAAUAUGUAGUUAAAAAGAAGUAUCAAAGUACCAAUGAAUUGUGGAAUGCGGAAAUAGCUUAUGUUGCAAAUGCUGGUUAAUGUAUAACUAAAUGUUAAAAUCGCGCUUUGUACUUAGUGAUAGAAAGAACUGCAAUCAAUGUAUAUGCUUGGAACUGUUACUGGAUUAAUAAAGUAAUUAUCAA